AUGGAUUUUCUGAAGAAGUCCGGGAAGUCAAAUGAAAUGGAUCAUUGUGUUGACGUUGAAGUAGAGGGAGCCGUCAUUUGGCCAGAAGUUGCUACAGUCGUGACUUCUGUAGAAGGUGUUGGUGAAGAGGACGUUUGGCUAGUAACUUCUUCAGUCGUGACUUGUGUAGAGGGUAUUAGUGAGGAGGACGUUUGGCUCGUAGUUCCUACAGUUGUGACUUCUGUAGAGGGUGUUAGUGAGGAGGACGUUUGGCUCGUAGCUCCUACAGUUGUGACUUUUGUAGAAACAGUUGGUGUGGACGUUUGGUCAGAAGUUCCCGUAGUUGUGGCUUCCGUGGAAGUAGUUGGUGUGGACGUUUGGUCAGAAGUUCUCACAGUUGUGACUUCUGUAGAGGGUGUCAGUGAAGAGGACGUUUGGCUCGUAGUUUCUACAGUUGUGACUUUUGUAGAAGUAGUUGGUGUGGACGUUUGGUCAGAAGUUCCCGUAGUUGUGGCUUCCGUAGAAGUAGUUGGUGUGGACGUUUGGUCAGAAGUUGUCACAGUGACUUCGGGUGUCAGUGAGGAGGACGUUUGGCUCGUAGCUCCUACAGUUGUGACUUUUGUAGAAACAGUUGGUGUGGACGUUUGGUCAGAAGUUCCCGUAGUUGUGGCUUCCGUAGAAGUAGUUGGUGUGGACGUUUGGUCAGAAGUUCCCGUAGUUGUGGCUUCCGUAGAAGUAGUUGGUGUGGACGUUUGGUCAGAAGUUCCCGUAGUUGUGGCUUCCGUAGAAGUAGUUGGUGUGGACGUUUGGUCAGAAGUUCCCACAGUUGUGACUUCUGUAGAAACAGUUGGUGUGGACGUUUGGCUCGUAGUUCCCCUAGUGCCAAUCUUCAGCGCUGGUCGAGCAUGCCAGGUCGUUUGGUAA